AUGGAAGAAGACGGAGCACCCCCGCCGAACGAGUCUCCUCCGAUCGACCCCUUCGCGCCGCGCCCCUCGCUGGCGCGCACGCCGCCGUUUCGAGCAGUGACCGCUGCGGAAGACAGACUGGAGGGCAGUGAAGACGCCGUCGCCCGCGUGGCCUUCGAGGCGGCGGCACUGGCGAUUGCCGCGGUGCGAUCGCCGAUGGGAGAGGAUGCCUCUGGGAUGUCCCCCGCCGCCCCCCUCACGCAGCGACUGUUCGCAGCCGCAAAAAGAGUGCUGUCGCCAGACGAAAACACAGUCGCGGCAACACCAAAAAGGAGACCCGCGGAGAAGAGGACAGUUGCCGCCCCCCCCAUAGCCGAUCCUGAACCGGACCCCGAACUGAACGCAGACGGAAUGCUGCACUUGGCCACGGCCAGAGAGCUGCUGUCCCGAGCCAACCGUGAAGCAAGGGGGGUGUCGACAAUUAUGAGCGGGCCCACGUCAAAACUUAAUAAGGCGGACCAGGGCGCCAUCACGAGCCACCUCCAGACUAUGCUCGAAAUAGUCGGCCAGCUGGCUCUCAUCGCGGAGGCGGGUUCUUCGAGCCUUGAGAAGACCAAACAAGCCAACAUAAUGGAGGCCCGCCGUGCUCAAAGAGCUGAGGCUGAAGCGGAGAGAGCGCGCAGGGAGGCCUCUGAGGCUGCUGCGCGUCAGGCGGCGGCCGCGCAAAUGGCGGCUAGCGCUGCGGCUGUGGGAAGAGGUGGCUCCUACGCGGAUAGGGUCAGGACGCCCGCAGCAGGGGGCCCGCUCAUCGCGGUCUACCCGACGGGGGGUGAGGUGAAGACGGCCGAGGAGACUAAAAAGCUCCUCAAAACCUCUGUGGCACCGGCAGCCCUCAAAAUUAAUAUCGAGAAGAUCAGAAGAGUUGGUAACGCCGGGGUCCUCAUCCAGGGGAAAACCAAAGAAGACUUGGCACGCCUGAGGUCAGCGCUCCCGCCGACUCUCCGGGCGAAUGAUGUACAGGGGAGAAUGCCCCUGAUCGCGGUUCGUGGCGUUGAAGGCAGGGACACGAAAUUCGAAGAUUUCAUCGGCAGCGUCCAUGAACAAAACUUCAAAGAAGACCCCAACUGGACGUUGCCGAAUAUUAAGAAAAACUGUCGCCUGGCCUUCAGGAAGAGCCGCGAAGGUGGGACCCGCACGACGAUGGUGCUGGCGUGCACCCCGGCGUUCAGGCUGGCGCUGUUACAGAAGGGCUGCCUAUAUGUAGAGUGGGAGGUCUGCCCAGUAGGGGACUUCACCACCGCCAUCAAAUGCGGAAAAUGCCAGACAUACGGCCACCCUGAGAAGAAGUGUAAGGAGGAGAAGCCCACGUGCAGCAAAUGCGGUACGACUGGGCACAAAGAAGCCGACUGCAAGUCGGAGUCCGUGCGGUGCGCCACCUGCAAGAAGUUUGGCAGGAGGGAGGCGGAGGCGCACAUCACGGGCGCCGGCGAGUGCCCGGCCCGCAUCCACGCGGAGAGACGGAUGGCUGAAGCGGCGGGCAUUUCACUCUAAGAUGGAUACCGGACCAUCAAAAAUAGAGUCGAAACUCAGGGUGGGCCAGAUAAACUUGAUGAGGUCAAUCGCUGCCACAAAGGAGCUUCCACAGGCAGCAGAGGAACUGGGCCUGGACGUCGUUCUGGCUCAGGAACAUUACCCCGGAGCCCGGUGCGAUGCCGCUAGCAGAAUUCUGCAGUGCGGCGGCCCGGAUGCGAAGGCCUGCGUCUAUCUUCGUCGUACGGAUAUCCCGUGCGCUCUCCUGCACCAUCUGUCGAACACAC